UUUUGGGAUGUUAUACCCUUUUUAUCCGUUAAAAAAAAGCUCGGUGUGCCUAAGUUGGUUAACCUAUAUGCUUCCUUUUAAGUUUACGCUCGAGCCGAUAUUGUUAUUGUAGGCGAAAGAACGUUAUUAAACAUGGUGACUGCAACAGGUGUAUUAUGUCUUAUCACGUCAUUCAUUGGCUAUGUCGGCAUUAUACUUAACAACCGUGGCGCUCUUACUCUGUACAAUCUUAUGCUUUGGCUCACGUUUGCAAUGAUUGCUGCGAUCGGAUACGUAUCUUAUCGUAAAAACAAAUGGAACAUUGAAGGCAAACUUUCGUAUCAAUGGCAUUACGACCUAACUUCGGAUGGUCGUGCUAGAAUCCAAGCCAAUCUCCAUUGCUGCGGCUAUAAAGAAUUUACGGAUUUCCAUCAACAAUCCGGCCUGUGCUUUCCACGAACCAUUCUGCCUGGAUGCCGGUUCAAGUAUACCCAAUUCACACGACAGGCGUUGACGGAUUGCUUUAUAGUGGCAUUUUCGUUAGUCCCUCUUCAUAUAUUUGUCUUGAUUUCGGCAUUGCUUUGCUCCAACCAUGUCAAUCGCAAGUUUGGUAAAGGAUUGCCACCCAAGAUUUAUCGAUUGGAUUAUCGUGGCAUUGUUGCAGGCACACCCACAGGAAGUACUCACAAUUUGUUUAAUGACGGACUCGUCCAACGACCUGCUUCUCACCCACCACUCCAUCCACAAGCAUAAUUGUAGUGAUCUUUCACUGCUUAUCCGGAUCUUUCUUGUAUUUAUACAUAUGUACAUUUGCUCUUCUGCA